AUGGCAUUUUGCACUUAUUGUGGUCAGGAGUUUCAACGAAACGAGCAUCUCGAACGCCACUUAGCUACUCACGCUAAUAUUAAGCGAUUUAAAUGUAAUAUCUGUCAUCUAUCUUUUUCUCGGAGAGAUGUCCUUCAGAGACAUGUGGCGGUUCAUGGUGAAACCUCCGCCGAUGGACAGUCCUCAAAUCAACCGAUGGCUGGUGUAAGACAUCGUACACAAGAAGCUUGUCGUAAUUGUGCGAGGACUAAGACAAAAUGCGAUUCUAACACACCCUGCAAUCGUUGUCGCGUUAAACAAAUUUCAUGCGAUCGACGACCAAGAAAGGUACCGGUACCAUUACAAAUCCAUGAUGCCAUCAUUGAAUCUGUCACCAGUGGUGGGUUCGGUACCUUCAUGGACAAUGUGUCUGAACAAAACAUGAAUAAUGGUGCUGUCCCACCCGGCACCGAAUCAUUGGUAAUUGGGUCGCACAUAGAAACCUGGACUGGCCAGAGCCAAGCUCUCAUAACAACUCGGAAUAGUGAACAGACUGAACAUUCUACUGGCGUGCUUGGUCCAAGUCAGUAUGGGGUAAUCUGCAAUACAGGAUUGACAUCGCACAGUCCUACUGAGCUGCAAACCGACGGGUCAGCUAACUUGUGGAAUGAAGACCGACAGGCGUACGACAUCCAGUGGCAAUAUAAUACAGACGCUGUGGAACAUCAAGUUAUCAUCCAAGCGUAUAAUUACUGGUCAUCGUUUCGCUGCAACCCGUUCGAGGAUAUGUCGAAGUGUCCUAGGACGGCCGGAGUGCUCCUUGAGAGCCUCGGUCACAUGCCAGAGUUGGAUAAGUUAUGGGGUUGGCUUGGGCUCGACUUCGCAAGCCCUAAUCCGUUCGAACCCCUAGCAAGCUUACAGCUCCGCGAGAGUGUGCGGGAUAAACUUGCUGCUAUCUCUCAGGCUCUCCUCCAAAAGGCCCUCAGAGUCCAUCAGCUCGACCCUGCCACGGCUGCUGCCAGUUACCCUUCCCCAUCUCCCGAUGGAACCUCCCGCGGGUUCCUUAUUCUCCCGCCCUCCGCGACUAUGGAACAUUUUCUUCGCGAAUAUAUGCGCAUAUUCGAGCCAUUUUAUCUUCUCGUUCCUGGAGGCGUUUUGGAUGCAAAUAUGCUGCUGAAUGGCUCUAAUGAUACAUCAUCCACUCUUCUUAUUCUGCUUAUGAUUGGUCAGGGAGCUAUAUCAGAUCCUACAAAUGAGGCACGACGUCUGUCAGGUGGCUUAACAGAAGUUUGUCGUAUUUCCUUAUUCGACACUAUCGAAAAGGAUGUUUCUGUCUGCCACCAGCCCUUAUUGCUGCAUUGUGCACUGGUGUUUAUUAUCCAAGCUGCAUGGAGUGGUGAUAAAUGGUUGAUGGAUAUUGGCCUCGGACAGCGUGGUAUCUAUAUUGCGGUAUGCUAA